AUUCCAAYAUCCUUCGGUAACUAAUACACAAAUAAGAGGAAAAGAUUCUGCAUUUGUUGUUAUUAAGAACUACUAGGAUUUCAUAUCAUCAGUUUUCGCAUUGUUUAGCGAUCAAAUAGAGCGAGUAAUUCGCAAAUAAUGGAAUCUGAAGAUGCGAGGAGAGGGAGAAGUAAAUCUGAAAACGGACAUGAAAAACCGAGGACUCGAGCAACCUCUACAAAAAGUCUUCACGAUGGAAGAGAAAAAGAACGCCCUGCCUCAAUAAAACCAAYUAAACGAACAGAUGUAGGUGAUGUGCCCGUGCAACAUCAGAACAAGGCUGUAUCUUUGAGGACGACACACCUACAWUGGUUGAUCGACAACAAUGUCUACAGUAAAGGAAUCAACGAUUAUCAAGACAACCUACGACAACACUCACCCAGUCAUAGUGUACGAUACCCAAUGAGGAUAUCUAAAGAUCRAAUUGACCCAGAGUGGGUCCAAUCAGACUACAGAGUUCACAUCUUCCAUUGCCAAAGAGAUGCAUUGUGGGUAAACCAGUGGAUUAGAGGAAUUCUUGAAGUGAGGCGUUACCAGGUAACCACAAAUAGCCAACCGUUUGGAGACUGUGAUCGAGUCAUCAUUGUUCUAAGUCAGAACAUGACUAAAGCACCARCAACCAUCCGAAAAGCAGCCGAAGGACUUCGAGGAAGGAUCUCGCUUGGGAUUAAAAAAGAGCAAUGUACUGAACCCAAUGAAAUCAAAGACCGUUGUCUAGGCUACAUUGAUAUGUCACGUGUCAGCAUGCAUGAUUAUUCGUUCCAAUAUCACUUAAUGAAAAAUGUUAUCAAAUGUUUAUUUCUACCCGAACCAGUUGGUUCAGCUUGAGAUUAAACUGAGU